GUGUCUAAAAAUAGUUGGAUUCGAUCACUUUGGUCGUUGCUCGCAUCUUGUAAAGUUCAGUCGAAAAGCGGAAAGUGAUUGGCUUUGGUUCGGAAUCGGAUUUCGUCUAUUCUAGCACUUGCGGUGUAAUCUUGAAGGUUGCUGAUAUAAUUACGCGGACACUCGAUCGACUUGCGAAAUAACGCAAAGUAAAAAUUAGUGCGACUAUUAUUUUGUGUACGAAAAAGUUGUGAGUGUGUGCUUGAAUUUGUUUAGAGAAAAAUACCAAGAUGUUCAGCGGAAUUGCAGACAAGAAUCUCGGCGCGUUCCGGAGCAUUGGAGAAAAAACUGCAUCCCUCUUCGAUAGAAAGAAGAAAGAUGCAGAGCAGAUCGCGGCAGAGAAAGCCACAGAGGCGGCGCACGUCGUUGAAGACCAGGUGAAGAAGGCUGGAGAACUGGUCACCGGCGCGGAGAAGACUGCUGCUGACGCUGCUAACUCCGCCGCCAACGCUAAAAACGCAGCAAUCGACGCCCUGGACAAGGAGCUAUCGAAGGUGUCUGUCGCUGCCGGUGAAGCCAAGGACGCUGCCAGCAAAGCUGUUGACACUACUAAAGAUACUCUCGCAACAACAGUAGAUAAUACGAAAAAGGCCGCCGAGUCAGCUAUGAACACAGCAAAAGAUACAGCUCAAAGCACUGCAGAUACUGCACAAAAUGCUGCUCAAAGUGCCUUAGAAACUGGAAAAUCUUAUGCUGCCAGUGCCAAAGAUACUGUGUCAAGCGCAUUACAAAGUACUGUAGAUGCAACGCAAAAAACUGCACAAUCUGCUUUUGAUACCGGAAAAUCAUACGCUGUAGGCGCUAAAGAUACUGUAUCAAGCACGUUACAAAGUGCUGCAGAUACUACGCAAAAAACUGCACAAUCUGCUUUUGAUACCGGAAAAUCAUACGCUGUAGGCGCUAAAGAUGUUGUGUCAAACACAUUGCAAAGCACUGUAGAUGCAACGCAAAAAACUGCACAAUCUGCUUUUGAUACCGGAAAAUCAUACGCUGUAGGCGCUAAAGAUGUUGUGUCAAACACAUUGCAAAGCACUGUAGAUGCAACGCAAAAAACUGCACAAUCUGCUUUUGAUACCGGAAAAUCAUACGCUGUAGGCGCUAAAGAUACUGUAUCAAACGCGGUACAUAGUGCUGCAGACACUACGCAAAAAACCGCACAGUCUGCUUUUGAUACUGGAAAGUCAUACGCUAUAGGCGCUAAAGAUACUGUGUCAAGCACAUUACAAAGUACUGUAGAUGCAACGCAAAAAAGUGCACAAUCUGCUUUUGAUACCGGAAAAUCAUACGCUGUAGGUGCUAAAGAUACUGUAUCAAGUACAUUACAAAGCGCUGCAGAUACUACGCAAAAAACUGCACAAUCUGCUUUUGAUACCGGAAAAUCAUACGCUGUAGGCGCUAAAGAUACUGUAUCAAACACGGUACAGAGUGCUGCAGACACUACGCAAAAAACCGCACAGUCUGCUUUUGAUACAGGAAAGUCAUACGCCUUAGGCGCUAAAGAUACUGUGUCAAGCACAUUACAAAGUACUGUAGAUGCAACGCAAAAUACUGCACAAUCUGCUUUUGAUACCGGAAAAUCAUACGCUGUAGGCGCUAAAGAUACUGUAUCAAGCACAUUACAAAGCGCUGCAGAUACUACUCAAAAAACUGCACAAUCUGCUUUUGAUACCGGAAAAUCGUACGCUGUAGGCGCUAAAGAUACAGUAUCAAACACGGUACAAAGUGCUGCAGACACUACGCAAAAAACCGCACAGUCUGCUUUGGACACUGGAAAGUCAUACGCUAUUGGCGCUAAAGACUCAGUAGCUAGCACGUUAAAUUCAACUAAGACAAACGCACAAGCUGCUGUCGAUACAGGCAAACAAUUCGCUUCUAGUGCCAAAGAUACAGUUGCAAGUAGUAUUCAAAGCUCAAUAGACGCUACGCAAAAAACUGCUCAGUCGGCUAUUGAAACUGGGAAAAGUUACGGAACAUCUGCUAAAGAUAGUGUGGCAAAUACUAUUCAAAAUACGGUAGAUACUUCUAAAAACACUGCUGCAUCAGCAAUUGAAACUGGCAAAUCUUACGCUACAAGUGCAAAAGAUACAGCAGCAAGCGCUGUUAAUAAUACAGUAGAAGGAUCUAAGAAUAUUGCCAAUUCAGCCGCUGAAACGACAAAAACGUACAUGGAUAGCGCAAGAGAUUCAGCACAAAAUACAUUGCAAUCAGCAUUGGAUUAUUCAAAAGGCUGUGCGUUUUCCGCUUAUGAUCUUGGAAAAUCAUAUUUAGAUAGUGCUAAAGACACUGUCGCAAGUACGUUAGAUAGUACAAAAAAGGCUGCAGAAAGUACUGUAGAAACGGGAAAAUCUUACAUGGAUUCCGCUAAAGAUUCAGUUCAGAGUACUUUUCAAAGUACUGUAGAUAACACAAAAACGGCUGCUUCGUCAGCACUUGAGACAGGCAAAUCCUAUGUUGACACUGCUAAAGAUUCAAUAGCUAGCACUGUACACUCAACGGUAGAUACCACUAAAAACGUAGCCUCAUCCGCCGUAGGGACUGUAAAAGAUACAGCAGCAAGUACUUUAGAUGCAACCAAAAAUGUUGCAGCAUCAGUUGUAGACAAAAGCUCUUCAUUAAUAGGAAGUGCUAAAGAUACACUAGCAAACACUGUACACGCAACUGUAGAUACCACUAAGAAUGUAGCAGCAUCUGCCGUUGAUAAAGGAUCAUCAUUAGUAGGAGCUGCUAAAGAUACAGUAGUAAGCACAGUAGAUACAGCCAAAAACGUAGCCUCUUCCGCGGUCGAUAAGGGUAUUGCGAUUGUUGGUAGUGCUAAAGAAACCGUAGCGAACACCAUGUCGUCUACUGUAGAUACAACUAAAAGUGUAGCAGCAUCUGCAGCAGACAAAGGUGCAUCUCUAGUAGAUACAGCUAAAGGCACAGUAGCAAGCACGAUAGAUACAACCAAAAAUGUAGCAUCAUCAGCAGUAGAUAAAGGCUUUUCGUUAGUGGGCACCGCUAAAGAUACACUAUCCAGCACUGUAGAUACGACAAAAAAUGUAGCGGCUUCCGCUGCCGAUAAAGGUGCAUCACUUUUUGGAGCUGCUAGAGAUACGGUAUCAAGUUCAGUACAAAGUACAGUAGAUACAACCAAGAAUGUGGUUGGCUCGGUGUACGAUAAGAGUGCUUCAGUAGUUUUAGGCGCUAAAGAUACAAUAACGUCUUCGGUUGAGGGAUCCACUGAGAAUGCCGCAGAUAACACUAAAAGCUUUAUUAAUAGUGCAAAAGAUCUUAUAAAAAGCAAAAUGGAUGGUACAAAAGAUUCUGCUCAGUCUGCGGUAAAUGAUUUAAACGAAACAGCUGAAGGAUCAUUCGACUCUAUAGCCGCGACAGUAGACACGACGAAGAAGACGGCCGCGGCUGCCAAGGAAGAGGCUAAGAGAGUUGCUAGCGCAGCAGUAGAAGAGUCCAAGAAGGCAGCUGAGAAAGCGGCAGCUGACGCCAGCAACGCUGUCCACAGCACCGUGGACAACACGCUGAAGAGGGUGGAGGACGCCACCGACCAGGGCAUGAAGAACGCCGGCCAAGUCGUCGACAGCAAGAUCAAGGGUGCUGACAAGUACUUGAGUGAGAAGCGCGAUACGUUGGUGUCAAACUUCACCAGUGCAGCGCACGAUGGCGCAGAAGGCGCUGCCGGCCUCCUCAGCAAGGGGCUGGCCACCUUACCCAAGUAGACACCGUCACCGCUAUCAGUCAUCACACGCCUACGUCAUUCGGGAAACUAACAGACUGCAUUACAAUACAGUCAACACAGCUAGUUUUGCACCUGCCAGUACAAGCGACUAUGGACGAGUGCAAACCUAAUUUUUUUACUGACUGUAACUAACUAUAUUUAACUACAGAGACAUGAAACACAGCUAGUUUUGCACCCGCCAGUACAAGCGACUAUAGACGAAUGCAAACCUAGUUUUUUUGCUGACUGUACCUAACUAUAUUUAUAGAGAAAUUAAAAAAAAAUAUUGUAUUAAAUACUCUACAAAAUAUUCAUAAACCGGCUAACAAGCGUGUUCAUUAAAGUUAAGUUGUUGUAACAUAGUGCAUCAGCGACUGACAAAGGAAGAGAGCUUUUGGGAGAAAAAUCACACUUCUUCUUCAAUCAUCUUCAACUUUCACUUUACAAGCUCUCGUACCUCCAUUCGGUAAGAUUAUAACAAUCAGAUUAUUGUUAUCCUAACUAACUAUACAAAACUCGUAAUUAUAUAGAGUGAGAGGUAUUGAGAUGAUGUGAAAAGGUGCUUCUCUGGACACGUUUCGUUUAGCCGUGUAUUAACUACCUUUUCCAUUUUGUUUGCGAUUCCAAAAGGAAAAUCUACUCAGAAAAUAUAAUU